GAGACAGCGAGUGGGAGGCAAGCUUUGUGUGGAGAAACAGAAUGAACGGGCUGUUAUUUUAAGCUAGGGCAUUAAUUCACUUGUUUAAUAUUUCCUUCCAUACACAUGUGAAGUGGUAUUUUACAGGUUUGGUACUGAGAAAGGUUUACAUCUCUAUGGCAACAUCGACAUAUCAAAUUAUCAUCACCUCCGCAAGGAAAUAACGGGCAGGGCUGCUGCUGCUGCUGCUGCUACUGGUAUAUUUAUUUAUUUUCCCUCAUGCGUCCUGCAACGUUGUGGGAAACGCGAUCGAGUCAGGCAGCGAUAUCUGAUUUAUGAUGGAUUAAUGGUCGUGUGAGCUGCAUAUGAAAGAAAGGGUUCCAAUGCUGAAUAUGUCCACUCCCAGUGACCUCAAGUCUCCCUGCGUGACCCGAAACGGCAUGGUCAAGUUGCCCCCCCAGCCCAACGGCCUCGGUUCGGCCAGCAUCACUAAAGGCACUCCAGCUGCCAAGAAUCGCCUGUGCCAGUCAUCCUCCGUGCCCACCAUCUUGCCUCCCCCUAGCCUCCCCUAUCACCUGGAGCCUCUGCCCACAGCGGCCUCACUGCUGGGCCCCGACCUGGACACGAGCCCCGUGACUGCCAUCAAACCUCCCCUCCGGCAAUUUACCAUGCCCCUGCUGGAGAGACAACUGGUGCUGGACGAGAAGGUGCUGAACCGGCUCUUAUGGUACUUCACCACGGCAGAAAAGUGCAUUCUAGCCCAGGUGUGCAAGACGUGGCGGAAAGUGCUCUACCAGCCCAAGUUCUGGGAAGGUGUGACGCCCAUUCUACAUGCCAAGGAACUCUACACUAUCCUGCCCAAUGGGGAGAAAGAGUUUGUUAGCCUGCAGGCUUUUGCUCUCAGAGGCUUCCAGUUCUUCUGUCUGGUGGGAGUCUCGGAUUUGGACAUUUGUGAGUUCAUCGACAACUAUCCGCUGUCGAAGAAGGGAGUCAAGUCUGUCAGUCUAAAGAGGUCGACUAUAACGGAUGCGGGACUUGAGGUGAUGCUGGAACAGAUGCAGGGUCUGAUGCACCUUGAACUCUCCGGCUGCAAUGAUUUCACAGAAGCUGGCCUGUGGUCCAGCCUGAAUGCACGGCUUACCUCUCUCAGCGUCAGCGACUGCAUCAACGUGGCAGACGACGCCAUCGCCGCCAUUUCUCAGCUCCUUCCCAACCUAUCGGAGCUCAGCCUGCAGGCCUAUCACGUGACCGACACGGCCAUGGCCUACUUCACCGCCAAGCAAGGCUACACCACCCACACGCUGCGCCUGAACUCCUGCUGGGAGAUCACCAACCAUGGCGUAGUUAACAUGGUGCACAGCCUGCCAAACCUCACCUCCCUCAGCCUGUCAGGCUGCUCGAAGAUCACUGACGAUGGUGUGGAAUUGGUUGCAGAGAAUCUGAGGAAGCUCCGGAGUCUGGAUCUGUCCUGGUGUCCCCGUAUUACUGACAUGGCCCUUGAGUAUAUCGCCUGUGACCUACACAAGCUGGAGGAGCUGGUUCUGGACCGGUGUGUGCGGAUCACAGAUACAGGCCUGGGUUACUUAUCUACCAUGUCAACUUUGAGAAGUCUCUACCUGCGCUGGUGCUGUCAGGUGCAAGACUUUGGGUUACAGCAUCUAUAUGGCAUGAGGAGCCUUCGUCUUCUCUCUCUGGCAGGGUGCCCUCUGCUGACCACUACUGGCCUAUCAGGCCUGAUCCAACUGCAGGAGCUAGAGGAGCUGGAACUGACCAACUGCCCGGGCGCCACAGCCGAACUCUUCAAAUACUACUCCCAGCAUCUGCCGCGCUGCAUGGUCAUCGAGUAGAGCAAAGAGUUUCAUGGGCACCAGCACCCACCACAUCACCAAAACCUCCUCCUACAGACUGAUGAUAAACCCAACUUCAUCCUGGACCCACAGGAAGAAUCAACGAGAGAAAUUGAAUGGAAGUUUUUUUCUGGAGGGGUGAUAAAGGAUCAUUGACAUGGAAGACAAAAAGGGAAAUCUGAAAGAAAAGGUCGGAACGGGCCUGGACUGACGAGCGAGAGGGAAAAUGUACAAAGCGCAGUGGGUCAGAGGCUAGAUCUUUCAUUAAAUAACAUGACACAUAGGAAUCAGCCCCCACACAUACAUGAAACAUGUUCCUUCACUGAACUGUGAGACUAGCUUCCAUGUCUCAUCCAAAACUGUUUAUCUUGAAGUGACAAAGGUGUGCGCUGCCUGUUUGAGCUGUCUCUCAUAUCCAGGGAAAGGUAGAGAGGAACCGAAACGUUUAAGGGAAAGAACGAGGUUAAGGAGCCACUGCAACAGGGUCUCUUCGCUUUUGUCCAGCGCCAUCCGGGUCUCUCGCUCCCCUCAGUGGUGCUGCCGCUCCAUCUCUGUGUCUUAUCAAGGGAAAAAAUCGAGAACUUUAGAGAUGAACAGCUACGUAGAUUUUCACAUCAACGCUACUUGCUUUUUGUCAUGCAGUUCUCUUUUUGUCUUUUUUUUUUAAAUAUUAUUUUUUUAAGUAUUAUUUUUGAUGAUAAGGAUUACUGUGAAACAUUUAUGGUAUGAGUUCGAGGUUUCGGACACUUUGAAUAAGAUGGAAAUCCAGGUACGGUGAAGGUACAGUAUUAAGAGGUACUGUCCUUUGAAAGGAACCAGCAUAAUCAGAAGUCAGGAGGUUAUUUUUCCCAGCAGAUUGCUCUUUUAAAGACAUUUCCAGAUAUUUUGAGUCGGGGAGAGCGGGGCGGAUCAGAACUGCUCAUGCAUUUUAAUAUAGUUCAAAGGGACUGUGGUUUGUACAAAAGAUAGCUUGGCUUUUUCAUCUGCCUGGUUUAUUUUAAUUCCAUUUUGAUGUCAAUUGAUAUUAGUGGCUUAUGUGCAGGUUUCCAUAUUAAUCCUGAUUCAAUUGAGAUGAGAUCUUUGAGUGAUCCCAUAAUGCACCUGGACCAUGUGACAGCCUUUCAUAGACUGAAACUGCACGUCAUUGCUUACUUGUCACCAGGCCAAACCAUUACAGCAGCGGACAGCAUGGCAGUUCUACCAUAGUUUCUUACAGUACGGGCGCAGUGUCUCUUUCAGCCCGAGUGCUUUUAAAUACAUCUGAUGAAUACGGUUUACAGUGAUUUGCAUCAAAUGCAGAGGCAGGCCAGUGUAAUUAAAGUGAUCACAAACAUCCCACACAAGCUUAUUACAGUAGUCUCUCUUCAUCUAGCAGUUUUGCUUCCCCAUUAAGCAAUACCCACAUGUCUGCUUUUAGAUUAGCAGCGCCUCUUUUGAUUUUCAGAGGUGCCGGUUCUUCGCCCUCACAAUUGUGCUCAUCUGUGGUGCCUACCUCAUUUUAUCAUGGGGUAUGUAGAAUACAGGUCCGCAUGGGAAUUUGCAGAAACCAGCCAUGCAUUUGUUUUUUUUCCCCAAACCACUCCAUACCCCACCCCGAACCCUGCAUUUGUCCUCUCAGGAGAUUAACGUGCUGCUCAGAUCAUCUCAGAUGGGUUUGCUGUGAUGUUGAUGACCUUAACGUUCACCUACUCAAACCUAACAGAUGCAAAGUGGCAGAAAAAAUGGCGUGGUAAACAAUCUUAGAUUGGCGAAUAAUUGAUAUAAAAGCGACCCCAAAGUUCUAACUAGUGAAAUGUUUACCUCUGAAUAUUCUAAUCAUCUGUGGACAUAUAUGGUAGUAGUGCAUGCAAUAUGGUACUUUUUUCUUCAGGAAAGUGUGCAGAAAUGUACUAGUCAUCUCUGAGAUUUUAGGCAUGCUGUCCCAUUCAAAGCACGGCUGGUUAGCGCCCCUGCUGGUACAUGCCCGAACUACAUCAUCUGGAUGCAAAAAGCAGCCAUCCAAAAUUAGCAACAUAUUUUGACUUAAUAACUAUCUUUUAAAAACAAAGCUUCCUAAAGUGAUGGCACUGAAGAACCAUAUUCAGUUUUCCAAAGAAUCUUGCAGUGAACAUUUCUUUUAACAACGAUUAUGCCAGUAAGGAACCUUUAUUUUGUGUACGGUUGAGAUUAAUGACAAUUCUAAUUGAUUGCUAGCUUUCUCCAGCUAUUACAAACCUCUUAUAUUCAAACAUUAAGCUAAUCUUACUCCAAAAAGUGUAGAACAAAACAGAUGGAAAAAUUCCAACAUCACAGUCUUUAAGUUUAAGUUUAACACUUCACUAUCCCACUCUAAAUUCACUAGGCUUUACAGAUAACAGAUUAUAUCUUCUAAAAGACACAUUAGCAUAAACAUUAGCACUCACCUCAGACAGUCGAUCUCUCUUCUUGUAUAUAGUGACCUGUUUAAUGGGGGGGUCACAGCUAAUCAGGGUUAGCGGCUGCUGCUUAUCCAGGCGAGAUCCCCUGACACUUUUAAUCUCACUACCUUGUGUGACUUUAUCUUUUGAAUCAUUGAAGUUGUUGCAUAUUUAUUUGCUUUUACUUAUCAUUGGUAGUGGGUUAAUUUAUUGACACGAUGCACAUAUUUAUUUAUUUAUUACAUUUCCGAGGAUUGUACGAGGUUUAUUUAGAAGUAGAACGUGUUUUUUUGAUGGGGUCUGCUAUGGAAAUUGGAGUUGAGCUUUAUUCAGAUGAAUUGAACCUUUUUUUAAAACCAUGGUUUCGACGGUUAGAAUAACCGCGGUCUCCGAGGCACGUGUUUUUUUUUUGGCGGGCAGACUGUUGACACAUAGCUUACAGAAGAAUGGAAGGGCAAUAACUUGUUGACAGAGGCCUGGCUGACAGUGAGUUGACCUACCUUUUCUAACCCUACCGCUGCCCAUUUUCUCUUGUUUAAUGACUAAUUUAGUUCACCUCUUUUGGUUUUGGUUGUAAAAUGGAUGUAAGUUGAGAGACGCUGUCAUAAAGUCUAGUAGCCUAAUAGUGAAUCGGCAUUGUGUCCGGGAUUGGAUGUUAAAUAUUCUGCACCAGUUCAUAUGCCUGCGCUCAAAUUGUAGCUCUGUUUGGUUGCUUUGAGGUAUCCUGAUAACUAUUAGAAGACAUGUUGCAGUAUUUACACUCAUUUGAUAGUCUUACAAAGAAUGCAACAGGUUUUAUUCACUAGCAAAGAUCUGAAGGAAAUCCAAUCAAAGCGCUUUUCAUUUUGUAUGUCUCCAUAAUAGAAACAACCAUUUGAGAUGAAUGAAAUAAAGAGAGAUUAUUAAUAUAUCGCUAAGGCAUUGCAUAGUAUUUGAGGACAACUGUAUGAAACUGUCGGAGAUAUUGUAUUAAUCUUGUAUAAAUACUAUCGUUUUCACUUCCAAACCAAGCCUAUUCCCUCUUUGUAUAGAAUGAGAGUUUAUGUGUGUGGGAACUUUUUCACCUAAUAGAACCCUAAAUAUAAAUAUAAUAACUCAUGCACUAACCCCACUGUAAUCUGUAAAUAUCUAUCAAUAUUUCGAGGUCAUCUGUCAGAAGGUUUCAGCUGUUUUUGAGGCUGCCUGGCUCUAAGCGCACACGUCCAUACCGCUUUAAACGAGCCAACGGAGAAACCCGGUCGAGAAAGAGGCAAGAUAUGCAAAAAGGUUGAUGUCUUUUAGCGAUAAGUAACAUCAGCAAUGGAUAGUAUAAAAGACUUCAGCUUGUUUCACAUUGUACAUUGAGCUAAUAUCAAAGACAUGUUAAUACGGGCUACAUACAAGAACAUUAACAAAUGUUUAUUGUGUGUCUACACUGACAUUACGCCUGCUGCCUUCCUCAUACGAUCGAGGCAGGGUUACUUUUCCGAGUCAAUGAAAUACUGGUACUACUGUGUGAAUUUCUCUUUCUUACCAGACAAAUCUGGCUGGCAGAUAUGGAGUGGUUCUGUCUGAUUUACACUGUAAAUUUAAACCAUUUUCAAGGCCGGUUUCCACAAAGAGUGCUCCUCUGUUCUUGCUCUCUGAAGGGGUUUUACUAGCUUACCACAUCCAGAGUGUGUUGGCAGUUUCUGUUCACCCUCCAGCUUGCUUUUAACUCUAAAUGUUUGGCGCUUCUAAUUGUUAAGCGAAUAGAAUAAAUCAUCUGUUCCUCUAACUCUUCCCAACUAACAUAUGUCAGGAUUGUUUCUUUUAUAAAAUUUGAGAACGACAUGAUGCAACAACAGAAAACAGCUCUUUUGUUGGCUCUUUGUAUGUACUUGUACAUGUAAUACUAAACCAAUAUUAGUAAUGUUUUUGACAUUCAUACAGGGUCCGUAACAACGACUUUUAUUCUGGUGCAAACACUUGGUUUGGGUGACUGUGGUUCAACAGCCUAAUGAGCAAUGUUAAAUAUCUGCCUCACACUGAUUAUCUAAAAUGUUUCACUCAUUUAUUUGGUAUUUUAUUUAUCAGUUCUCAGUUCUUUAGGGUACAUUUCUUUCUGUAAAUACUGUUGUAGUGGUUAAUUUAAAAUGAAAGAGAAAAAAGACUAAGUUUUAUGAACUCCAUCUCAUGGCUGCAGUGCCUUGUCAGACAAGCGUUGUUGUUUUCAGUUGGUUGGUUCCAGUCUGCACCGUUUUAGUAAAAGUUGUACAAAAUAAGCACCAUAUUUGCGUCAUUAAUUUUCUCUGACGUUAAAUUAUUAAAGGUGUAGUUCACCCCAAAAUGUAUUUAAUGAUCAAACUGUACGGCUUGCUUCUUUGGAACAACAUAUAAGGGUGAUAAGGUGAAUAAAUUAAUGAUUUUUCAUUUUUGGGUGAACUAUUCUUUUAAGACAUGUUGUUAGCUGAUACUGUAUGUUGCUUCCUGAAUGUGCAUGCACACACAAACACACACACAAACACAUCUACCUAUUCUGAGACACACCGUUUAUAUUAAGUGUUUUGACCCCAGAGACCUUUUUUUUUUUUUUUUUUAAUGAAGAAGGCUCUAAAAAUGAAGAAAAGCUUAUUUGAGCUUUGCAGGUUAACAAAAACCUAUCCCACAGAGCUUGAUAAAAGAUGUUUCAAUCAGGCGGUUGGGGCUCUGCUUUAUAAGCAUGUGUUAUAUAAGAGUGUUAAGUAAGCUAUUUUGGCAAAUUUAGCCUGAUGUUAACACUCCCGAAGCAAGUCACAAAGAAAACGUCUUCACUUGGCACCCAGUAGCUUUCACAAAUAAUAAAAACACAAACAAGGACAUCAGAAGAAGAAACCGGAUCAAAGGUAAAGCGACUGUUGAAGUCAUUGUACAUACAACUAUCACAUAAACAUAUUAUGAACAUACACUACUGUUCAGAAGUUUGGAGUCGGUAAGUUUUUGUUUUUUAAGAAAUUAAUUUUAUUCAGUAAGGAUUCAUUAAAUUGACCCAGUGUCAAAAGGUGUAUUUUUCUUGACUUUUUUUUUUAGACUAAAGUGUAAAAAGAUACUUCUGGACUUCACCAAGCAGCACAACCAUUUCCAACUAAUAAUAAAAUAAUAACAAUGAUAAUAAUAAUAUAAAAAUGUUUCAUAAGUGCCAAAUCAGCAUACUGGAAAGAUUUCUGAAGGAUAAUAUGACACUAAAGACCGGUGUAAUGGCUUCUGAAAAUUCAGCAUUGCCAUUACAGAAACAAAUUACAAUAUAUUAAAACGAUAUUUGAAAUUUUAAUUAGUUUUUGGCUACUUAUGU